GGCCUGGAGGCAAAAAUGGUUACCCCUCCGAGCCCACCGUCACCACCACCUGCCACUAAUUCCUCCCCGCCCCCUUUCAAAACCAACACCCCAAGCCCGAACCCCCACCACUCGCCGGCCGGGGGGGCUACUUCCUCACCGGCGGCGGCGGCGCCGCCGCCGCCGAUGUCCAGCGGCCCGUCCCACUUGGUCCUUUGCGUGCGCGACGUCAUCGGAAAGCUUCGCGCUCGCGGGCACCUCUCGGGCCUGGAGAUCCCGGACGAUGAGCUCACAGAAGCGGGCGCCCCCGCCUUGUUCGACACCGUGCUUGCCGCCUUCCUCGCCGAGGGGCGUGUGUCUGCCGGGCUUCCUUUACUCCCGAAGCCUCUCGUGCUAGGGAAAGGCGGCUUGGUGGACAUGCUCCCCUUGUACCUCGCCGUGCGCUCUCGCGGCGGAUUCGCCGCGGUCACCUCAUGGGCGGCCAUCGCCGAGGCGGUAGGCCUCGAACCGGCUGCUGAUGCCCCCAUCAAGCUGGUGUACGCCAAGCAUCUGUGGCUCCUUGAGCAGAGCAUCGGCAAGCCUGAAAGGCAGGACGAGGUGGCCGGGAGCAGUCGCAAUGCGGCCCACCGCUCGAACGCGAAGAAGGAUAAGUUCCUAUCGUCACACAAGGACAACGCAAGCGCCGGAUCAGCCCAUCUGAAGCGUAAGAGGGAGGUUCCUCUGCAGAUGCUUAACUGGGUCCGCCUUGUGGCGAAGAAUCCGGGUGAACAUGGCGCUGGACAAAAUCAUGGCAGCCACCUCUCCUCGACGCUUAUCCUCCGUCGCCUGAUGUUUGAAAAUAUUGAUUGCAGCAAACUGCCCUGUAGCACUACCUCGCCGCAGAGUGGACUUACAAAUGAGGAGCUGCCACAGUACGAUGGAUGGGAUGAUCGACUGUGUGCAGGUGGGAAUAGUGACAGGAUUUUGCAUGCACGAACUCGGCUUAGUGGUCUAGCAGAUGUUCCAGAUUGGACUGGGAAGCCUUCGCUACCUUAUGAUGAGCCGCAUGUGUUGAGAUUUCUAGGACAACCUCUUUUGCCUGCACCAAGUAAUGAAAGCCUUGAUGCUGAUACUAUUGGUAAGGGUAGGCCAGAUAAUUGCAACUGUCAAAUCCCAGGUUCUGUUGCUUGUGUUAGAUUUCAUGUGACAGAGAAGAGGAUCAAACUGAAGCGCGAACUGGGCUCAGCAUUUUAUGCAAUGGGAUUUGAUCGCAUCAGCGAGGAUGCAGCAUUGACAUGGAGAAGGGAUGAAGAAAAGAAAUUCAAUGCCGUUAUCCUGAAUAAUCUGCCAUCAUCCAAGUACAGAUUCAUGGAGGAAGUGUUUGCUGCCAUGAGUUCCAAGGGCAGAAAAGACAUUGUAAGUUACUAUCACAAUGUUUUCCAGGUGCGACGAAGAGCGUACCAGAAUAGGCUCACUCCAAAUGACGUGGAUAGUGAUGAUGAUUCACUUGAGCCUGGCUUCCUGCAUCUUCGUCAAGGUAGUGGUCAGGGUAAUUCCAUGUCCGCUUCCUCCUCCGGAACUCAAAGGGGUUCUUAGGUCAUGGAGUAGUGUUCAAUAGGUAAUUGGUGUAGCUCGGUGGCUCCAGCUCGGCUUCUUUAUCUGGAGCUCAGAGGAAGUUUUUUUCUUUUGCGGUGAAGCUCACAGGAAGGUUCCGUACUUCGACACCAAUUAGUUUUCUGGAGCUCAUUUAGACUUUUCUCUCUGUGAAUAGCCCCGUGGCUCUUUUCACCUUGAUGGACCUGGAUAUUAAUGCAAUUAUGUUAACAUUUAGACUAUCUUUAUUAUGAAGGUAGUUUUAUUA